UAACGAGGUGUCUGGAGUGCAGAACAGAUAGUGAGCAGUGCUGAACGAGAGGAGAGAGAGUAAGAGAGGGACAUACGAAGGGGCUGAUGCCCAAAGGGACUUGUAUUAUCUUUGCAUGAGUCGAUGUGCGCUUGUGUGCUUGUGGGGGAUGUUCCAAAUGAAGAAGCAGCCCUGGAGGUGGAAGUGAGAAAGACGGAGAGAGAGAAAAAACUGCUUGCUAUAAUGUUAACAAACCAGAAGAGGAACUAGGAAUGCUGAAGCUUAUGGGUUUUACAAAGAGAGUGUUCAAGGGAAAGGGAGAGACAGACGGAGAAAUUAACAACACUUGUGUAUGUCCAGAGUAGUUCAGACGGAGAUUUACAAUGGGUACUGUCAGUGAACUUUGUGCUUCAAGCUUCCAGGCAUUCUUGUGCCCAACUGUUCUUGUCAAGCCAGAAACUGUCUCAAAUGACUGGAACAGCCUUCCUGAGGAAGCAGCUAAAGCAAAAUCUGUUCCUUCAGACCUGACUCCAGAGGAGCAGCAGGAACUAGAAAAUAUCCGGCGCAGGAAGCAAGAGCUUCUAGCAGACAUUCAGCGCCUUAAAGAUGAGAUAGCAGAGGUCACGAAUGAACUUGAGAACUUGGGAUCCACGGAAGAGAGGAAAAACAUGCAGAGGACUAAACAGGUAGGGCAAGGCCGGAAGAAGUUCAACAUGGACCCCAAAAAGGGUAUACAGUUCCUGAUUGAGAAUGAUCUUUUAAAGAACACCUGUGAAGACAUUGCUCAGUUCCUCUAUAAAGGUGAAGGCCUGAACAAAACUGCCAUUGGCGACUACCUGGGAGAAAGGGACGACUUCAACAUCCAGGUCCUUCAUGCUUUUGUGGAGCUACAUGAGUUUACAGAUCUCAAUUUGGUCCAAGCCUUGCGGCAGUUCUUGUGGAGUUUCCGACUGCCAGGUGAAGCGCAAAAGAUUGAUCGAAUGAUGGAGGCAUUUGCACAGAGAUACUGCCAGUGCAAUCCUGGUGUUUUUCAGUGCACAGAUACUUGCUACGUGCUGUCAUUUGCCAUCAUAAUGCUGAACACAAGUCUUCAUAACCCCAAUGUAAGAGACAAACCUAGUGUGGAAAGAUUCAUCUCUAUGAACAGGGGCAUAAAUGAUGGUGGAGAUUUGCCAGAGGAUUUGCUCAGAAAUUUGUAUGAGAGUAUUAAAAACGAACCUUUUAAAAUCCCCGAGGAUGAUGGGAAUGACCUGACACACACCUUCUUCAACCCUGAUCGUGAAGGGUGGCUCCUGAAACUUGGUGGCAGGGUGAAAACUUGGAAACGUCGCUGGUUCAUUUUGACAGACAACUGCCUAUAUUAUUUUGAGUAUACCACAGACAAAGAGCCUCGUGGGAUCAUCCCAUUAGAAAACCUCAGUAUUCGAGAGAUUGAAGACUCUAAAAAGCCUAACUGCUUUGAGCUGUACAUCCCUGAUAAUAAAGAUCAGGUGAUUAAAGCAUGUAAGACAGAGGCUGAUGGCCGUGUGGUAGAAGGCAAUCAUACUGUGUACCGAAUAUCUGCCCCAACCCAGGAGGAAAAGGACGAAUGGAUAAAGUGCAUCAAGGCUGCCAUCAGUAGGGAUCCUUUUUACGAGAUGCUAGCAACACGAAAGAAGAGGAUUUCCUCCACUAAGAGGCAUUAACUGGACAGAUGACAGUCCCCAAGUCAGCUGGGGAUGCAGUCUUAACAUCUGAAUGAAUGCCUGCCAGGCUGGUAAAGACAGUCCAGUUAACUGGUUGCAUAGCAAACCCCUCUGAACUUCCUGGAAACUACUUUUUUACUUUUAAAUGGACAGAUACAUAUCUGAAAACAAAUCAGGGUUUUUGUUCUGUGGCCUUCUGCCUGACUUUUUCCUUGAGACUCAAGGAAACUGAUACUUAAGCAGUUAACUUAAAUUGACUCUCUUUGUCUCUCUCUCUCUCUUCCUCUCACUUCAGCAGGUCUGAUUGUGAAGCUCAAGUUUUCAUUUUCUGUAAUAAACAUGUUAUAUAUAUACGUGCACACACAAAUAUCUGUAUAUAUUUUUUCCUGUCACAGAAUGCUCUCUGAUCCUUAUGGAGGAGAUACCUCUAUUUUGAGUUUGGCUUAAGAGAGAUUUUUUUAAACAAUUUAAAUAAGGAUUUUGUAUUACAACUUAAGGGUAGCCCACAUUCAUCUUUUCCUGCACUGUGGUAAGAAAGCUGAGGCAUGCGGUGUUAAGACAAAGUGAAUAGUUUUUAGGUGAUGGAACAAAUUGUCUUGUUGCUUGUUACACUCAUAUUCAGUUUCUUGGAGAAGUGUUGCAAGAGAUAGCUGUGUUCAGAAGGUUUUUCAGGUGGUGCCAUUACCUCUCAAAAGAUGAGUGCAGCUAAGUUGACUAGAAACUUUGAAAGCUUUCAUAAACCUAAAGCUGUUGGAUUAAAGUUCAGCAGACUGCACAAUAGAAGAAAAAGUGUAUUUUUUUGUUGCUGUAGAACAGAAUUAUUGUGUUAAGUUGUAUGUGAUGAGAAGUGCACUUUCCCUAGCAGUCUGACUUUAGUGUUGCAGGUUCCCAAGUGCUCUGACAAAGAGCUAUAGUCCUCAGUGAUAGUAUCUUGAUUUCCCAUUGCUGUUCUGUCAUGGUACUUUGUGUUUUAUAAUUCCCUUCUAGUGAUUAGCAGAGGUAAUGCAGUGCAGAUUCUGGGAGGUCCUGACGUAAGAUGUAUUAGAGGGUGUGUACUCCCCAUUGGACAUUCCUGAAUGCCCCAGUGUUUUGUAGGAUGUGGUAAGAGUUUUGUUCUGCUGCUUUCUAAGAUUAGGAGUACUCGACUGUAAUAGGUUAGUAGUGACUUAGAUGUGAAUGUUCAGAAAUGUGUCUCUCUAAUGCACAGCACUGGCAGAGCAACUGUACUGCUACUUAUUGCAAGUCUCUGAAUGCUUAAUGUGUGUUCGCACAGUAAGCUACAGCAGUCAUGCCCAACAGUAGGUGGAACAUUCCUCUACUCUGCUUUAGCAGAGAGAGAUGGGACAGUGAUGGUGAUACAGGCUUGCAGGUGUCCAAGCAUCUGGCAUUGUUAAGACAGAGCAAGAACUACAAUGGAUCUUCCAGGGACUGUGCUGUGAUGAAGUGAAAAGUACAUCAUGCUGGCUGUACUUCAGGUUAUUGGUUGUGCUGUUCAAAUCUGCAGGGGCUAGUGUGAUCCUGUAUCCAUGUUGUAAGUUCAUGGAUAUCCUGACAUACUACAUUAUGGUAGUUGUUGCAGUCCUCUUUAUUUAAAGCUGUUGCUCAUUCUGUUUCAAAAGCCAGAAAUAUUUCUGGUUUUGGAGAUGUGUUUUAUGUCCAAAAAGUUCAGCACUUGUGCCUUGGUCACUAGUUCCUGUGUAGGUCAUUCAGACUUUGAAGAUGGAGCCCCCCUCUGAUUAAAUAGCUGUAUUACAGUUAAAGGUGGAGACGUGGCUAUAAAGGAAGGAUAGCAAUCCAUAGCCUGUGCCUUUAGAUCACAGGUUCCAUAUGAAAAAAAAAAAUACAGUUUUAUGUGCACUUUUUUUAAAACGUUGAGUCUAUUUAGGAAUGUCUCCAAAUGCUAUAAUUAUUGGUGUAAGUGGAGCCAGAAGAAUGGUUUUGCAUAGUAUGUAUUAACAGAAAAAUGCCGAAGUAUUAAGAUAACAAACUGCUUAUAUACUGGAAUAUGACAUGUAGUAUAUGAGUAUAAUCGACUUGUUUUAAAGGCUGCAUAUUGUGAAUAUUCUUAUUAUGAAGGCUGCAGAGCAGCUACAGGUAUUUCCUUGGGCAGACAGUUCAGCAGCUGCAACCUGCACUCCCUCCCCAAAAAUGUUUUACCAAAAUCCAUAGAUGCAAUACAAAGUCCUGUUUAAAAUAAGUAAUUAGUUGAGAAAUGAUGACAAAGCAUUUCCUGCUUUAUUGUCUAGUAUUUUGAUUCAUUUGGUAAGUUCAGGGCAUUUUGGGUUGGAGUCAGCGUUUACUCCCCCCAUCCCCAUGAUUUUAGACUCUUUUAUAGUGUAAUGCAGACCAUAGUACAUUAUGGUCCUUAUUUCACAUCAGUUUUGCUGUACUCGGUUCCAGCACACUGUUGCCAUUUUAGUUAAUGCAAUGAACAAAACAUGUCUUGUUAUUGUCAUUUAUAUCUUCUGCUUCCGAGGCAGAGUUCCCAAGGUUUAACAUACUAAAGGAGAGAAGAACAAAAAUGAAAAUGGGUCAUUGUCGUUUGUUAUAAUUUUAAAUGGUCUUUGUCAUGUUUCGUCUGUUUUUAUUUUCUGUUUCAGUGCACUGGGUUUUGAAUGGAGAAUGCAGAAACAAGACCCUGCUGACUCAGCAGUAUUAGUAUAUUUAUCUGAGAUGUAUAUACUCAAUGUGAAAUAAUUAUUUUUUUUGUUUUCUUUUAGGUUCUUUUGUAUUUGUUUAAAGCAUUUAUGCAUUUAUGUAAUAGUAAAGAAAAAUUCAUUGUGUCCGCAUUUGUUUUUGUGUUAUUUCAUUAAAUUUGCAAAAAUGGUUCAGAACUUAA